AUGUCACAAGAUCGAGUGGACUCUUCAUCGGCCGAGAGUUUACCAACUACUGAUGAAAGAAUUAACAAGUCAUCCAUAACGACGAGACUCUGUGAAAUGAUCAGAUGGAAUCUACCGAACUUUGGUAAUCACUUGAGGCGCUUGAUGGGAUUGGGAGGUGUGCCUGAUGUUGAUCGAGAACAGGAAAGUGGAAAUGAUAUUAAUGAGAUGGGGAGUCAUACGGAAUAUUCUAACGAGGAUUUCUCCAUGUGGGAAUCUAGCUCUAGUGAAUCCAAUCCGUUUGCUGUCUCCAUUAGACCUGGAAAUUUAGCAGAAUUUUUUGGAGCCAAUUAUCCUUCAACUUCAGAUGCUGCUCCAAUGGAUGAACGCAGCUCAGCAGACCUGAGAGUCUCAACAAUUUUAUCACCCCUGGACUAUUCAACUCGUCUGAUGGUCUCAAGUGGUGUCAAUACGAGCACCAAUGGCAUUCGCCGACUAACUCUCGCCGAUGUGAUAAAUGAAGAUGGUGUUAUAAUAGCCCAAAAUCCAGGAGACUUUGCUGCUGCACUCCACGCGCGAAUGGGUAAUCAAUCUACCGAUGGCUUCGAGACGCUCUUCGAGCCCCGUCACGUACCCCUAUUCAUUCCAUCUCAUGAAAACAAUGAUUAUACAAUGAGCACAACAACAAUUGAUUCCAGUUCAUCGUACGGAAAUAGCGAUACGAGUGAUGAUGAAGACGAGGGAGUCAGCGAAUUGGAAAUAUUGCGGAGAAGGCGGGAGUUCUAUGACAAUGUUACUAAGGGACACACUGUGAGGAAGCAAUUUCGCAAUCUAGACGACGAACCCCCUAUAUACUGA